CGGAUAUAUGAUCAAAUUAAACUGACACCUUUUAUGUCUACCACAUUACAUUUUAUAUUUCAGAAAAAAGUUACAACAACGGCAAUUAUUAUAAAACCGAGUACGGCCAUGAAUUCAAAACCUAAAGUCGGGAUAACUACGAAAAUACAUAAGAUAACGCCGAUACCUAAGAAAACAAAAACGACAAGAGCUACUGCUGUUACAACGUAUAAGCCUCGUUCUAGUACUGCAUUCGCUCCGAUUGAUCAGUGCAAAUUGUUUAACGAUGCAGAACUGAUCGAGCGAUAUGCCUGCAAUUGCGCUGACUUAUCUAUGCGAGAACUUAAUGCGUGUUGUGAAAACUACCAUAAAUGCCUUUCAAAAAUUAACGAUAUUAUCAACAAUAAUUGUACUUUCUCCCCAAACAUGUAUUAUAUCUCAAUUAAUGUAUCCAAUUACAAUUGGACGUGUAAUGAAUGUGUGUGGGUUCAAAAUAGGCAUUGCCAAUAUCAACAGUGCAAGUGUGAUAAGCAAGUUAUUGAAUGCUGGUCAAGAAUCCCCGCUCCUAAGCAUAAUAAAAAUGAAUCAGUUAGCUGCGAAGCAAAAUUUAUCGAUGAAGUCAAAGAUAAUCCAAAUAUUCCAAUUGCUAAUGUUACCAAUAUUCGCCGAAAUAAUGAUAAAAGUUGGGAGAAACUAGAUAAAAUUGAAAAGGAAAUUGAGACGUUAAAACAUGAUAGGCCAAUGCAAAAAUUUCUUGUUAAAACCCAACAGGCGGCUAUAAAAUACUCGGAUGAGAUUGAUUUGGCAUAUGACAAAAUGAAUUCAACAUUAUAUGAAGCUAUAUUUAAAUUAAAUGAAGCAAUAAAUAAAGCAGAAAAAUCCAACGAUGAAGAAGAUUUAGUUGAAGUAGAAAUUGCUCUUGACGAAUUUUCAAAAACUUUACAGGCUGCAGUGACUUUUGAUAAUGAAUACCAAUGGGCUUAUACUUCUAUACUUACUGUUCAUUUAAAAAUAGAUAUGAUUGUAGAUUUGGCUACGGGCAAAGUUGAAUAA